CUAAUCCACUCAGUCUGAGCAAGGACCACAAAACCACCUGAAGAAACCAUGGGCUUGUUGUCCAUUCUGCGGAGACUCAAGCAGGCUCCAGAACAGGAGGUGCGCUUGCUGCUGUUAGGAUUGGACAAUGCUGGCAAGACCACUCUGCUCAAACAGCUGGCAGCCGAAGAUGUUAGCCACAUCACUCCCACACAAGGCUUUAACAUAAAGAGCGUGCAGUCGUCUGGCUUUAAGUUGAACGUUUGGGACAUUGGAGGUCAGCGCAAGAUCCGUCCCUAUUGGAGGAAUUACUUUGAGAAUACAGACGUGCUGAUCUAUGUGAUUGACAGCUCAGACCGGAAAAGGCUUGAAGAGACGAGUCUGGAGUUAGCUGAGUUGCUGGAGGAGGAGAAGCUUGCUGCCGUGCCACUGCUAAUCUUUGCCAACAAGCAGGACCUGAUGACAGCCACUCCAGCAUCCGAGCUGGCCGAAAGUCUCAAUUUGCACACCAUCCGGGAUCGCAUGUGGCAGGUGCAGGCCUGCUCAGGAGUCACCGCUGAAGGCGUGCAGGAUGGCAUGACCUGGGUUUGCAGAAAUAUACGAUUUCGAAAGAAAUAACUCAGGACUACAUGAAAAAUUGCAGUUGCACUUUACACUUCCAGUCAUUUUACUCUCAGGUCAAGGAAGUAACAGAAUGUGUUGAUUUUUUUAAUGAAACUAUCCCUUUUGUAAUUUUCUCCUCACUUGGCAGUAAACAAAAUAAUUUUAUAAGUAGUCGAUACAGAUGUCCUUCACAUGCUAACCUCUCAACCCUGAGUCUUGAAAUGUAUAUACUGUAUAUAGACUGUUUUAUUUAUUUUUGAGCGCUAUUUUUUGUAAUGUGACUGUUUUAAUCCAAAGCUAUGUAGACGACAACUUCCUGAAUAAACAUUC